CAUGCCAUAGACCGGGCCAUUUCCAGCCCAGAUGGUUCAAUCCGCCCUUCUGUCUCAUUUGCCGCUCAGAUGGACACCUGAUUGUUGAUUGUCGCAACCGCACCAAGAAUCCCUCCUUUGUGCAUUUCGGGACCAGUCUUCCAGGAUGUUCUUUCUUUGCCCUUGAUUCUGAUGUGCCUGUGGUUGUGGCUGCGCCCUCGCUCUCUAAUGCGGCUAUCAUCUCCGUCCGCGACCAAAAGAUCUCUCCGUAGACUCUUUUGGAAGGUUUGAGGAUUUGGGAUGAGGAGGGAUGGGACUGGCAGGUGCGCCAGCUUUCGGAGUUUGAAUUUGUGGUGGUGUUUCCCUCAAAGGAGUGUUUAUGGAUGAUUUCUUCGUGUAUGAGCUUCACUUUACCUCUCAACCAGCUGGUUGUCUCAGUUAAGGCGGCCACAUGUGGUGCGAAGGUGGUUGGUCCUCUGUCCAAGACGUGGGUGCUAGUAGAUGAUGUGCCAGUGGGUUUGCGAACGGCUGAGUUCAUGAUGGCGUUUGGGACUCUCAUUGGCAAGCCUGUGGAAGUUGAUUCUGAAUCUUUGGGUAAGGUUGGCCCGGUGCACCUCAGUAUUUGGUGCGUUGAUCCUGUCUGUGUGCAUGGUGCUGUGGAUGUGUUCCCGUCUUCUGAGGGUGUUCGACUGCGGGUUCGGGUCAAAGGUGUUGAUGCUUUCCAGGCUCCAUCUCCGCCUCCUCCUUCCAACUCGGCUGAUCCUGAUGAUAAGCAGGGAGAUGGUUUGGCUGGUGGGCAGAACCCAAGUGGAGGUACCGACCCUUGUUUCACCCAGUCUGAAUGGGAUGGACUGGAGCCUGAAGAGCAGGAAUUGUUUAAGGCCAAUGCCCCGGUUGAUGAAGCUCAGAAGGAUGCAGGUGCCAAUCAGGCGAUGGACAAGGCCCCCCUUGGGAAUCCUGCUAGCAAAGGCACACCGAUCUCUGGUGUUUGCUCCAACCUUCCUGCUCGACCGCAAUCACCUUCAUUUUCUGGGAUUGAAGAUCUACCUGUGUCUCCUCCUCGCUCCACUGGACCUGCAUCUAAGAAGAAGAAGAAAACCUCCGUCAGAAAGUUCUCAGCUAAGAGCAGGGCCUCUUCUGGUUCCAAGCAAUCCAUGACGGGCCUGGUUCCUUGUCUGGACAAGGAUCUGGGGGCUGCUUCGGGUUCCGGCCAGGGUCCGGCCUCGCCAGUUCUGCGCUCUCCGAUGCUGCGGUCGCCCGCGUCCACGGCGCACAAGGGGCGUCGCGUGCGUGAAUCUGGCGAGUCGGUGGCGGCGCGGGCUGAAAGGCGGGCUGCGGCCAGGGAUCUUCCUGCUUCAGCAGUGGAAAUCAUUGACUAAGGUGGACGACCAGGAUGCACUAUCUGUGUUGAUCUCCAAAGUUCGGGCCUCGGCGUCUAAUCUAUGCAGACAAGAGCAGGAUGCUUAGUUGGUUUGCGCGUCGCUGGCUAGUUUCUUUUGGGCAGUAAACUUUCCGGCAUGCGUGCCGUGUACUGGCUAGGGAGCUAUGUACCCUUGUUUUAACUUUCUCUUGUAUGACCCAUGGUUGGGGUCUGGCUGGUUGUGUGGUUCGAACCUAUGUGUGUUUGCUACCUGCCUUAUGGCUUUAUUUAUAAAGUUGGA